UACCAAGAAAUUGCCCCAAAAAGAUCGGGGAAAUGCCGUUUCAUGUGAUAAAUGAAGGAGGCUUCCCUCUCGAAUCCGGAUCGGCAGACGGCAGUUGACGAACGCUAGGAGAAGCGUUGUAAACAAACAGUUUUGCCGCUUGAGAGAAAUGGUUCUCAGUAGGAGUCGCAGUCGGUCUGUCUCCUCCAGUGGGUCGGAGAAGGCAGCCAGGAAGUCUCGUGACAAGGAGAAGAAGACUCGUAAGAAGUCUUCCAGUAGUGACAGUAGUUCCAGUCGCAGUUCAUCCAGAAGUUCCACAGGAUCCUCUGGCAGCUCUGAUAGUUCAUCCAGCAGUAGCUCAUCUUCACGCUCCUCAUCUUCCUCUUCAUCCUCCUCCUCUUCCCGUUCGAGAUCUAGGGACAAGGAGAACAAGCAGAAAGAAAAGGAAAAAGAGAAAGAGAAAAAAGAUGAUUCCCGCAGGUCAACCUUCAAAGCAGGAAUUGAGAAGAGUCGCAGUCAGAGUCGGGAGAAGAAGCCCAAGCUGAAGAAACCUUCAAAAUCACGGUCAAGGUCAGGGUCCCCACGACCACGCAGGAAGCCCCGCUCCCCAACACCUCGCCCAACCAGGAUCCACAUUGGUCGUCUCACUAGAAAUGUGAACCGUGAUCACCUUAUGGAAAUAUUCUCGGUCUAUGGUGCAGUGAAAAGUGUUGACCUCCCCAUGUAUGAUAUUCGAGUCAAUGCCUCCCUUAACCGUGGUUAUGGCUACAUUGACUUUGAGAAGCCUGAGGAUGCAGAGAAUGCAAUGAAGCACAUGGAUGGAGGACAGAUAGAUGGACAGGAGAUUACUGCUGCUCCAGUACUAAUACCGCGCCAAGUACCCCCACGCCGCCGCUCUCCCUUGCCCCCCAUGCCCAUCAGACGCGGUCCUCCACCUCGAUGGCGUUCACCUCCAAGAUACAACAUGAUGCGUCGCAGGUCACCACCCAUGAUGAGGCGGCGGUCACCCCCUCCAAGGCGCAGAUCCCCUCGUUCACGUUCACGCACACCACCACGCCGCAGGAGGUACUCUCGUUCCUCCUCCUCAUCUUCACGUUGAACCAGACAAUGUUUCCUCAUUUGCCUCCUCGUCCUUUAUGUGAGCACACAUGGGCAGAUAUGGAUUUGUCACCUGAACAUUACUUGUCAUUGUAAGAAAGCCUUGCAUAGUGGAUAUCAGUUUAUUUAUUUAUAGUUUUUUUUUUCUCUCUCUCUCUCUCUCUCUCUCUCUCUCUCUCUCUCUCUCUCUCUCUCUCUCUCUCUCUCUCUCUCUCUCGAUUAACUUUAGUAGUUUAGUGAAGAAAGAAACAAGGAGAGGAAACUGACAUUAUUUCUCUUGAAAAUUGUGUGUUCAUCUGAUGAUGACUAACCCAAGUACAACCAGAGCAACAAUUAUGAAAUGUCUAGUAGGUCUUUAAUAUUCUGCAUUAGGCAUAAAUCAAUGUUUCCUUAGAUACUGUUGAUUUACAUGAUUUGUACCAUUAAAAAGUAAAUAUGUAGAUAAAAAAAAAAAAGGUUUAUUAAUGUUUAUUCUAAUUAAUUUCUAAGAUCUUGAAUAUCUGAUAAAAUAUUUGUUGUAUUAUCCAUGUACACAUUCUUGUUAGAAACAUAAAAGGAUGUAUUUUAUUCUAUUUCACUUCCAGUAGAUUGUCAAAUUGUGCUGUACUUUGAGGAGCAGCAUCUGUUUUAUAAUAUUACACGCUCUGAAAUUUU